ACCCACCCCAGUCCCCAUCAUCCUUUCUUGCCUUUCUCUCCUCAUCUGCCCCCUCUGAAAUGCUGAUGUCACAAUCCUGCCAGGCAACGGUGCCUCAUUUUCCCAGGGUCUCUCUAGAGGGAAAAGGAGGGUCAAAGGAAGAUGGAGAAGGAGGAAAAAUGACAGGAGGAAGAAUUGGAGGAACCAGGGGAAAGACCAGACUGGGACAAGAAGGGAAGGGAGUGAAGAAGGGGAAGAGAGGGAGCCAUGCAUGCCCAUCCUGGAACCAGCUCCUGUUUGGUAGUCUGCCAUGCUGAUUGGGGUACACCAUGCGAGAGCCAAGAUGGAAUCGGGGGACGGAGCUUCCUCAAGAUUGGCAUCGAAGUCUGAGGCUGCGGAAGCCGUGGGGCCAACCACCUUCCACCAUGUCAAAGGGCACGUAUGCAGGGCAGGGGUCGUGGGGCACACGAGGCUUUCUUCUGAGAAAAAAGGCUCAAACCAUGAAUUACGUGGGACAGUUGGCCGGCCAAGUCUUCGUCACAGUCAAGGAGCUCUACAAGGGGCUGAACCCUGCGACAUUGUCUGGCUGCAUCGACAUCAUUGUGGUCCGCCAGCCCAAUGGCAACCUCCAGUGCUCGCCCUUCCAUGUGCGCUUCGGGAAGAUGGGGGUGCUGCGCUCCCGGGAGAAAGUGGUGGAUAUUGAGAUCAAUGGCGAGAGCGUGGACCUGCACAUGAAGCUGGGGGACAACGGGGAGGCCUUCUUUGUGCAAGAGACUGACAGUGGCCAGGAGGCGAUCCCAUUGCACCUGGCCACGUCCCCUAUCCUGUCAGAGGGUGCCAGCCGCAUGGAGGCCCAGCUGAAGAGAGGCGCCCUGGAGCGAGGGCGGGGCCUGGAGCCGGGCAGCGCGUCCCAGGCCCAGGCGGCCGGCGAGCUGCUGAGCGCCGGCCUGGCCGUCAAGAAGCGGCGGAAGAGGAGGAGGAAGUGCCAGCUGGACAGCCUCAAGAGGGACGACGGCCUCCACACCUCGGAGGACGAGGACCUCUUUCCCAUUGAGAUGAGCUCCGACGAGGACCUGGAGCCGCCGCUGGACAGGGCUCUUGUUCACGACGUGCCGGCGUUCAGAGACGAAGCCCCCCAGGAAGGCCCCUCUGCAGCCCCGGCGUUCCUGCCGUCGCCGUGCUACUCUAGCUCGGACAGAGAGUGGGCCCUUCCCCAGAGCCAGCCUCUCGACUGCAAGCGGCUCUCCCCGCACAUGGCCGUCGUGGCGGAGGGCGGCCUCUCGAACUCGUGCCCGCCGCAGUCUUCCCAUUUCCCCUCUUCGGACAGUCCUUUGGCCUCUCGUCCGUCCACGCCCAAGAGCGACUCAGAGCUGGUCAGCAAGUGCGCCGAGAGGGGCCUGCAGAAGAGCAACCCCGAGAUGCUGUGGCUGUGGGGAGAGCUGCCCCAGGCGGCCAAGACGGCGUCUCCACAUAAGGUGAAGGACGGGCAGAACAGGAGCUUCUCAGAGAAGAUGCUUUUCCGGGUCAUCCAGAGUGAAUCUUCGGAGACUCUGAGCGACCCGUCGCCGUCGCCUUCGGCGGGCCACAGCGAGGCCCUGAGCCCGGAGGACGGCCCGGCGCUGCCCGAACCGCCCACAGUGGAGCACAGCCAGGACGUCUUGGCUGCCGCCCCCCCGGCCCCCCCUGCUGCUUCGGCCAUGGCCGCCCCCGAGGGCCCCCCCGAGGGCCCCCCAGCUGCCACGGGUGCCACCGCCGCCAUCCCUGCUGCCAUGGAGGCCCCCGCCGCAGCCCCCCCUCUGCCCCUCCUCGAGGAGCCCAAGCAGCCCCCCCUGAACGCCAGUGUCCAGGGCAGUAAGACAGACUCCCCGUCCAGGAGGAGAGACAAGAGGAACCGACACCUGGGCUCCGACGGCGUCUACCUGGACGACCUCCCCGACAUGGACCCCGAAGUCGCUGCCCUGUAUUUCCCCAAAAACGGCGACGGGGGCCCGACGGCCAAGAGCGGCGGCGAGGGUGGGCCCCGCUCGGCCAGCCAGUCCCCGCAGUCGGUGGGCAGCUCGGGCGUGGACAGCGGCGUGGAGAGCACCUCGGACGGCCCCAGGGACCUGCCCUCCAUCGCCAUCUCGCUGUGUGGGGGCCUCGGCGAGAGCAAGGAGGUCACCACCGAUGAAUUUCUCGAGCAGGAAGUGACGUACCAGCAGUUUGUGGACAAUCCGGCCAUCAUCGAUGACCCCAACUUGGUGGUGAAGAUCGGGAGUAAGUACUACAACUGGACCACGGCGGCCCCCCUGCUCCUGGCCAUGCAGGCCUUCCAGAAGCCUCUGCCAAAGGCCACGGUGGAGUCCAUCGUGAGGGACAAGAUGCCCCGCAAGGGAGGAAGGUGGUGGUUCUCGUGGAGGGGCCGGAACACGGUCAAAGAGGAAAGCAAACCUGAGCAAUGCUUGGCUGGAACGGGCCUCGUAAUUGGUGAGCAGCCAGCCAAGCUCAGCAUUGGAACCAGGAUGAAGGAGGAGUCUUCCUCCAGUGACGAGGACGCCCUGGCGGCCAAGCAGUCCGGCUCCGGCCUGCACCCGCUCAUGGCCAACGUGGGCUACAAGAAGACGCUGCGGCUCACCUCCGACCAGCUCAAAAGCCUGAAGCUCAAGAACGGCCCCAACGACGUGGUGUUCAGCGUGACGACGCAGUACCAGGGCACCUGCCGCUGCGAGGGCACCAUCUACCUGUGGGACUGGGACGACAAAGUCAUCAUCUCCGACAUCGACGGCACCAUCACUCGGUCAGACACACUGGGGCACAUCCUGCCCACGCUGGGCAAGGACUGGACUCACCAGGGGAUCGCCAAGCUGUACCACAAAGUGAGCCAAAACGGCUACAAGUUCCUCUACUGCUCGGCCAGGGCCAUCGGGAUGGCGGACAUGACGCGCGGCUACCUGCACUGGGUCAACGAGCGGGGGACGGUGCUGCCCCAGGGGCCGCUGCUGCUCAGCCCCAGCAGCCUCUUCUCCGCCCUGCACAGGGAGGUCAUUGAGAAGAAACCGGAGAAGUUCAAAGUUCAGUGUCUGACGGACAUCAAGAACCUGUUUCUUCCUAACACAGAGCCCUUCUAUGCUGCCUUUGGAAACCGGCCUGCUGAUGUGUACUCUUACAAGCAAGUGGGAGUGACCUUGAAUCGAAUAUUUACCGUCAACCCCAAAGGAGAGCUCGUGCAGGAACACGCCAAGACCAACAUCUCCUCACUUAGUGUUUGAUCCCCAUUUUACAGAAGAGGAAGUCGUGGCCAGAUUGGGGAGCUCCCCUCCUGGGAGGGAGGACGGGAAGCUCCAUCUCCUGGACGCCAAGCCCGGCAUCCUUGGGCCAGGGAGCCUCUCCACCACCCAUACGUUCCCUGGUCGCCUCUGUGUGCCGGCGCCGUAGAUUGCCGGACCUCCCCUAGUAGUCUCUGAUGCUGUGAUUGAGUAGGUGACGAAGGGCAGCCAGCUGGACAGAGUGCCGGACUCGAGCCAAGAAGGCCCGAGUGUCGAUCUGGCCUCAGAUUGUUAGUAUGGAAGGGAGCUGGGGCAAGUCAUGUUCCAAGGCCUCUCACCCAGCCUUGGCUUCCUCAUCUGUAAAAUGGGGAUAAAAUGGCCCCCCCUCGGGGAGAAGAACGUGUGCGAAGCGUCCUCUGAGCGUGUGUUUGCGGGCGGUCCUGGCUGACCCCCGACCUUCUGCUUUCCUUCCAGUUACGUGAGACUCUGCGAGGUGGUUGACCACGUUUUCCCGUUACUGAAAAGAAGCCAUUCCUCUGACUUCCCUUGUUCGGACACGUUCAGUAACUUCACUUUCUGGAGAGAGCCCCUACCCCCUUUCGAGAAUCAGGACCUCCCUGCGGCCUCUGCCAACCCGUACUGACCGCCUCGGGCAGCGCCGCGAAGGCCUGGCUCACCCCAUUAAAGGAUAAGCUUUGUGAAGAGUUCAGCCACAGCGCAGGGCGUUGUAUUCAUUCGCUUACAAAUAAUAAUAGUCGCUUAGAGCUGUUCCAUCCUUCCCACUCCCCCAGCUUCCCGGAUGGCCGUCUGAGAGUUGGGAGCGUCGCUGUGCCUGCCUGCCGCGUGGAGGGGAUUCCUCGUGGUCCCCGGCCGGGGACGGGCACGUGCUCUUGGCCCCGCAGGCUCACGAAACCAAAGAAUGACUUUCCGGGAGGUUUGUCAGGAUUGCUUCUGGAUCGGCCACGCGUCUGGGUGGUUCUGCCCAGGCCAGAGUGCGCCGCGCCUGUGAAACGGGGCCGAGGAGUUUCAGAGUGGCAGAAGCUGUGCGGCUGAUUUCUGAGCCAGAAGAGGUCUGGGCACCUGGGAAGGGCUGGCGCCCAAGAUGGGGCCCCUUGCAGAGGGCCUCCUACCGGAAAGGGCUCUUGCUCCAGGAAGUUCUCUCUGGCCUUUUUUAUUUUCUUGGAGCUGAACUUUGGCCCCGCCUGCAUAGGCGUCCCGCUUGUUUUGUGUGAGAGAGAAGCGGAUGCCGAGGAGCCUUUUUCUUCCCCACGUUCCCUCCUCCCCGGAGACCACCCAGCUCUGGGGACUCCCCCCUCGUGCUGUGGAGUCCGAGCUCCUUUAGGAACGUGUCUGUCCCGGGUGCCCAGCAGCCUCAGGGGCCCUUUCUCAGGCCAUUCCCACGGCCCCUUUGGCCCGGGGUCUCCAUGUGCAAUAUCCCCAUUCCUGUCCUUCUGUCGGGCUUGCGGGGUGACGGCGGCACUCCCUGAAAAAGGGCCCCAGAUGUGGCCUUGACCUGAAUGUAUGCCAAAGGAGGGUUUCUGGCCCUUGUUCAAAGAAACUGGCUUUGCUCUUGACUUGGAGGGAAGGGAACCUCCGCCCGCAUGUGCACGCGGCUCAGCGUCUCGUCCUCUCCUGGAGCUUCUCGAAGGCAGCGGCCCCCGCCCCGGCCGCCUCUCCAUUGGAGCCGGGCCUGGCAGAACGGAGCAGGAGCACGCCUUGUCCCAAGCCGCCCCCUCCUCGUCUCGUGGCGCGCCGAGCUGGCGUCUUGGGUCCGGUGGGGACCAGCCCGUGUCUGAGGGCGGCCGCGUUGUUGGUCUGAGGAGAGUUUUCCCAGCAGGCCUGCAUGAUGAGAGGAUGGAGAGAAGCUGGGGAUGCGUUAGCCGAGGCUUUAUUCUUUCUGUGAAAGAAGGUCGUCUCCGGGUAGAGCCUCUUCCCCGCCAGUGGCCACCCACGGACGGCGUCCCCCGGCCCUCCCGGCUCCCCUGCCGCCUCUCUGGCCUGGGAAGGCCUCGCGAUGCUGCCGAGGAGCGGAUGGGGGGGAUGCGCCGGGGCGGGCAGUGACCCAAGAAGAGCGGCCGCCGCGCCAGCCAGGUUUGGAUUUCCCGCGCGUCCCCCUGUGCCGGGCAGCUGCGGACGCGCUCUCUGGGCUGCAUGUGGAGGGGAGACCGUCCUGUUGGCAAUCAGAAGCCUCGUGUGCGUUACCACGCUGCUUUAGACAAGGAGGCGUGUGUUUUACACAUGCACACUCACAGAGGCACAACGUGUGUGUGUACACGCGUGUGUCUGCACACACAGCGCCCAGCCUUGGCUAUGCUGCCGCAUGCAAACACACCUGUGCACAGUGAGUGUGAGCGCAGGCCGGGCCUCUGAGGGGGGUCCCCGGGCUGCCCUUGCCACAAGUGCCUCAGGGCACGUGAGGCUCCUCUAAAGCACAAAGUCAGCAGAGCUGUGGCAGGGGCAGAUGGUGCUCGCCGGGUUGGCCGGGCCUUUGCCGUCAGCCCUGCGCCUGCGCCCGCGUCUGCAGGUUCCCAACAAUGUACCGUGUGGCUGCGCUGUGCGGCGAGAACCCCUAUCAUUGGCAUUAUUUUGUUGUGCUUGCUGUAACGUUGGAGAAAUGAUUUACAGUAAAUAAAACGGAUGGAGGAA